AUGGCGGCUUGGAAAUCCUCUAGUCCUGACGGAUUUCCAAUAGGUUUCUUUCAAAAAACCUGGGAGCAAACGAGUGAGAACAUCUGCACCUUCAUUCAAAAAACUUGGCAAUGCUUGAAGAUUGGUAAUAAGGAUUGUAGAAUCUUCCAUCUUAUGUUUGAUAAUGAUCAUAUUCUCUUUGGUGUAGCCACUGAAUCUCAAAUUCAAGUGGUAAUGAACACCCUUUCUAAGUUCUGUUACUCCUUCGGGCAAAUGAUCAAUAGGGACAAAACCUGCAUCAUGUUCUUUGGUAAUACGCCCCUCUCUACUGGAAGACUUCUUAUUGCUAAAGCGAUGAUCAAAGCCUUACCCACUUACACUAUGAUGAUUGUGGAGAUUGCCAAAGCCUACAUCCGGAAAAUUCAUCAACGUCCAUGCACUUUCAUAUGGGGUGCACUAGUGAGAAAAAGCAUCUCCACUCUAUUAAUUGGAGCAUUACAUGUAAGUCCAAGAUGCAAGGCGGGCUUGGCCUGCGUAAUCUGA